GACUUCGUAUCUAUUAUACUUCGAUUUUUUAUUUAGACAUUCUAGAGUAUUCUUUCUUUUUGGUAAGCACAUCCUUUCUAUACAGGAGCUGUAAAUGAAUGAUUUUCAAGAAGGACCUUGAAAAAUUUCCAAAAUGUCCCUGAAAUAGUUGCCGAGCUUCCUCCUCCCUGUAUGGACCAAGCUGGGUCUUUCGUCUGUAUCAUAUUCCUCGCCGCUUUGACGUUUCUGGAAACUAGCAGUUAUGUCUGUGGAGAGUAUCUGAUCAAUAUGACAAACUUUACUUUGGAGUACACAAGCGUUCCCAACUUAACAGUACAACACGAAGCUAGCAUUCCGGGUCUGUUCUUGGGGUUGGCAAACUACGGCGAUCAUAGAAUCAAACAGACUAUAUUGUACGAAAGUGGCAAAUUGAACCCUGCCUUUACUUGUUCCAACGCCUCAGAAAAUAGUUGCUAUGUUGUAGACAAGUUUCAAGAUCGGUCGCUCUUCUACUUUGAGUUUCAGGCCUCAUACAACUAUUAUCCAAGGGUCCCAAAAAUAGAGUCUCAGACGCUGUCUGUUCUACUACAAGAAGGCCCAACGUUGGAAGCUGAAGAUCUUCGGGAUAGUUUGAGAAAGGGGAUGUUUACUCUGUUUUAUGGUUGUCCUCGUGCAGCAACUAUUCCUAGUACUCACCUUAUCAAAGUGAAUGUUCCGUUAGGCCAACCAGGAAGUAACCUCUCAUUUUCGUUCUUAAAGGAAUGCGGAUGCGGAAGCCAUCCUUAUGCAUAUCUUGUCCUUCAAGAUGAUCGAGGUGAAGAAGUGAAUGAAAAAAGUGUAGUACUUGAUCCGAUGGUUUCCACAUUUCAACUUUCUGUGGUGUUGAAUUAUGGAGAAGCCGUUCAGUCCUUUGAUACUCCUAAGUUGAUUUAUGAUCAUGAUGUAUACAAUCUUCAAAUAUCCGGACAAGGUGCAGAUAGAGGUGGGAUCGUUCUGGGUGGUGAGAAAGUAACUUGGCUAUUACAAGAUGAAUGUAUCGGAAGUCUAGAUGGGACUCCAAGGCUGGCCACCGUCUUCGUGCCAAUUCCACCCUUUGAGCCACUAAGUAUUCAAUUUUCAAAGGACUGUGGUGGUGGAAGACCACGGGGUCUGUUUGUCGGAUUCACUUCAAGUUCUUCUGAGAUAGUGAAAGAUGGCAUUGUGCAACUGUCGCCGUUCACGUUGCUUAACGAGACAGACAAAUUCUUGGAACUGUACUUAUCUCUACAAGGUGAAACAUCACCUCGCAGUAUGAUGGUCGGACCUCCUAUACUUGACAUAGUAGAUCCAUCAGUUGUUUCUGGGAAGCUGAUCUCAGAUAUGAAGACCCAACACUCCCUGAAUCUUUAUGAGGACCUUUUGAAAGUGGGAGACCAAAAGCCUGUCACUUUCAGUUUUAUUUGCAAAAGAACCGGUCAAACUAUAGUCGAUAUUUCUGUUCCCAUUCGAAAUAGAGACAAAAUUCAUAUGCAAUUAGUCAAACGGUGCAAAGCUCCAUCUGCCUUUAGGAAUUCCACAUAUCUUACUGCAAGCAAUAUUACAUUCAUACUAAUCACGUUAUUUGCAUUUGUCUUAGGCGUUUGCGCAGUGAGGAAACUACGGCCUCAGAAGAACUAAAUGCAGUCUUCAAAAGUAACUUUUCU